CUCCCGGUCCCGGCCUCCCCCCUUCCUUUCCCCUCAUGCUGAAUUCCCAUUCCCGGCCCGAUCCCCGCUCCCCGUUCCUCCACCACGGCCUCGCCCACGCCGCCGCCGUGACGGAGCACGGGGACCGGGCGCGGGGGAUGGACCCUCCAUCGUCGUCGGGCCGCCCCACCACGCCGCGCCGGCAGCUGCAGGGCCCGCGCCCGCCCAAGCUCAACGUCAGGGCGGAGUCGCACGCCAUCAAGAAGCACUCGGGGUCGGGGGUUCCGGCCCCCGGGCGGGCGCCCGUCAUCAUCUACGACGCGUCGCCCAAGGUCAUCCACGUCAAGCCCAGCGACUUCAUGGCGCUCGUGCAGCACCUCACGGGCCCCGGUGGGUCCGGCACGCCGCCUCCGCCGCCGCAGCAGCACGAGGGCCACAUGGUGGACGACGACGGCGGCGGCGGCGUCCCGCUGGGGCAGGCGUUCCUGCCCCCCGAGCUGCUGCUGUCGCCGUCCGCCGCCAUGUCCCCGGCCGCGCGCCUGGCCACCAUCGAGCGCUCCGUGCGCCCCAUGCCCGCGGCGGCGCCGGCCUACGGCGCCGACGACGGCACCCUGGCGGCGGCUCUCGGCCCCGCGCGCCACCCGGGCAUCCUGUCCCCGGUGCCGUCCUCGCUGCCGCCGGCCGCCGCGUGCGGGCUGUUCUCGCCGCUGCCCUUCGACGACCCCGGCAGCAUCAGCUGGCUCAACGAGCUCAGCCCCAUCCUCCGGGCAGCAGCGUCCGCGGCCAACGCCGGCGCCUCUUCGUCCGGCACCGGCCCGGGCAACGGCCCGCCGCCUCCGCCGCCGCCGGCCUACUACUGCGACCCGUUCGUCCCCAGCCCCCGCAACCUCCUCGCCACGCCCACCGUUCCCUCGCCGGCCACGUGCGCGGAGUUCUUCGGCAGCCUACCGGAUCUUUAGCUCGGCGCCCCUCCGCUUGCGUCCAGGUCCAACCAAGACAGAUAUGCAGCGCCGGCCCAAACUUUUGCGACAUUUUUCCACAAUUUUUCCUCUCUCUAUCUCUCUUCUGGAAGGUAGGGGCAAGUUGGUGUUGGUGGGCCCGCCACUGAUGCUAAUUUGAUUAGUGCAGAAAGGACGUGAGAACAGAAAAAGUUUUCCGGUAGCAGUAGUAGCAGCAGAUGACUACUAGAAGCGGCCGGCCACCACACCCACAUGCCUUUGUUUAUUUCUUCUUUUCCUUUAGAUUUACACCUCUUGUGUAGGCCAAGGAAAUGGUUGUUGUCGGCUUAAUGAUGGAUUUGUUAAUUCUUUACUAACUCAGUGAUGCGCUUAUCAUUAUGUCAUGCUGACCUGGUGCGUUGUAACCGAACUCACUAUGUAAACAGUUGGGGGC